ACACUUUCCUUUUCGUUUGUAUCAAAAUAUAUCGUUAAAGCAUGCAAGUUCCAGAAUUUUUCCGUAUCAUCUCGAGACGUGAUGGGUGAUUUUCUUCCUUUUCUGCAAACAGGUGGCUUCAGAAUCACCGCUGAGCCAGAAAAGGGGUGAAAAAAAGGGGAAGAGAUAAAAAAGAGGAUGCUUUGAAGUGGUGUUGAGCACUGAAAAAAGUGAGGGAGAAAGAGAGAGGGUACGGCGCAGAAUCACUGGCGGUGCUGCAGCCGCUGCUUCAGUUUGGUGCUAGUGGGGUGGUGCUGUCCCACCCUUCCCUCUCUCCCUCUCUCUUCAGAUUUCACUCUUUUGUUUUACAUGCUGCCCCCUUAAUCUCUGAGUCUCCUCUUCUUUUACAUGCAACUCUCUCUCUCUCUCUCUCGCUGUGCUUUGUUUGUAUCCGCUGCAUGCAAUAAAUAAUGAGAACAAUAUGUGCGAAAGAAAACGAAGCAACCAAUUAAUGCUGAAUCUGCUCCUUUGCUUACGCCACCACGUUCUCCCGCUCUUUCCGUGACAUUCUCCUCUCUCUCUCUCGUUAAACGUCAUCGAUUCGCUGGUGCCCAGGGCCGGCUGGGAGGGGACCCGGUAAUUCUGGCUUGGUUCGGUGUUGAGGAGGAAGACGAGGCGGGAGCCCACGGUGAUGGUGGGGGUGGCGGCUUCGUUGCGGAUGAAGUUGAAAUUCUGGUAGGAGAUGGAGAAGAUGGUCCCAUAGAGUAGAGACCAACAGUAUUUUGUUGAUUGAGAACGCAUGGGUAGCAGAAAAGGAGGCGAAUUUGAAGAUAUCACCGUAAUGCGCACUUAAGUGCUCAGGGGAUUGCUCGUGGCUCUGUUUCAUAAUGGGACGCUAACCAGAAGAGUACCGGAUUUUGUACCUUCUCAUGAAACCUCCGACUCUGGCGGUGUAGAUCUCUCUUCCUCUCCCCGUGUGCCCGCGUAUGGGUUCGACCAGAAAGAGUUUCACGCCUCCGUUUAAUUGCAGUGAACUCCUUUUCUCCGACUUGAACGUAGGCCCAUCAGUAUAUAUUAUGAAGAUGAUGAUAAAAUUGGAACCAAAUGCUCGAAAUGAAGGAGAGGCAGCGGUGGAAGCCUGAAGAGGAUGCUUUACUAUAUGCUUAUGUGAAGCAUUACGGACCUCGUGAAUGGAACCUGGUUUCCCAGCGGAUGAACAAACCCCAGUUUAACAGGGAUGCUAAGUCCUGCUUAGAGAGGUGGAAGAACUAUUUGAAACCUGGAAUCAAGAAGGGGUCGCUCACUGAGGAAGAGCAGAGGCUGGUAAUUCAUCUUCAGGCCAAGCACGGAAACAAGUGGAAGAAAAUCGCUGCCGAGAUUCCUGGAAGAACUGCCAAGAGGCUGGGCAAGUGGUGGGAGGUGUUCAAGGAGAGACAAUUACGAGAACAACGGGAGAGCAAGGCUGAGUACACCCUUGAGAGUGGGAAGUACGACCACAUACUUGAGACAUUUGCAGAGAAGCUUGUGAAGGAAAGACAGCCACACACUGUUAUCCCUUCACUUGGUGGCCCUGUUGAUCAGAAUAGCUGCUUCUUUAUGGCUGCUUCUGAUGGUUUCCUUCACUCCAUCUCACCUCCCCCUUCAGUUUCUACACCUAUGCUCCCGCCAUGGUUGUCUUCUGCUCGGCCAUCCUCUCCUUCUGUAGCCCUUACUCUGUCUCCUUCAGCUACUUCCGGAAGCACAGUCUCACCAACCCCUGUACCAUGGAUUUGUCCAGAACGACCUGAUGUUGUUCCUGGCAAUUUGCAUCCUAGCAAUGGAUUUCAGUUGUCUGAGUUCAUUGAAUGCUGCAAGGAAUUAGAAGAAGGCCACCAUCAAUGGAUAGCACAUAAGAAAGAAGCAGCAUGGAGACUUAAGAGGUUAGAGCUGCAGCUUGAGUCAGAAAAGGAAUCUAGACGGUUAGAGAAGAUGGAAGAAAUAGAGUCAAAGGUGCGUGCACUGAGGGAAGAGCAGAGACUAUUACUAGAAAGAAUGGAUGUAGAGUACAGGGAACAGCUACAGUGCAUCAGGAAAGAGGCAGAAGUCAAAGAGCAGAAGCUAAUGGAGCAGUGGAUGGCAAAGCAUAUGCGGUUGAUGAAAUUUCUUGAGCAGAUUGGAUCUCAUCUGUCGUAUCCACCUGAACUGAAUGGCUGACCAAAAUGCACUGUUAUUGUCCAUAUGCACUAAUAGCCAAGUGGAAAAGAAAGGCCUGAGGAAUGGAAACCAGAUCUCAAUCUCCAGAUAUCAUUCAGAGAAGGAACUCCUCGUUUGGCUGUUCGCAGGCAGAGGCACGUUCAUACGGCUUCAUGAGUUCCUUUGGGGUACUGUUUUCUGGUUCUCUUGUUGAUUUUUAUCAUCUUUCCUUGAUGUGAUCAAGCGGACAUCCAUAUACAUUUGCCUUUCUGAGACGUUGUUGGGCAGCUUGGUAUUUAAAAACUGAAAUUCAUGGUCUGUGUUUUACCUCAAAGAAAGCCAUGGCUUUCCCCAGCCUUCCAAGAAAAAGGAAACAGAAUUCGUACGCUAGCUUGUCAGAGUCAAUGUUCCCUGAGAAAUUUCAUCAUAAUCGCACAUAAAAUCCACAGUUUCUUGUUUUUCCA